AUGAACCACACGCCCAGCCCCCACCACCUGUCAGAGAGCGGUAAGUCGGUCAGCGCAGGGCUCCUGUGCGGCCUGGGCCUGGGGCCCGACCGAGGGGUCCGCUCGCCCGACAGCCUGGCGCACACCCCCAGCCCCAACGGGGGCACGCCGAGCUCCAGCCCGCCGCUGCUGCUGUCCCCGGGCUUCGGGGGCCUCAGCCUGGGCUCCCUGGGGCCCAUGGGGGACCUGGCGGGGGCCGACUGGGAGAGCCGCGAGGAGCUGAGGCUGCGGGAGCUGGAGGAGGCGCGCGCCCGCGCCGCCCAGAUGGAGAAGACCAUGCGCUGGUGGUCGGACUGCACGGCCAACUGGAGGGAGAAGUGGAGCAAGGUGCGAGCCGAGCGCAACCGGGCACGUGACGAGGUGCGGCAGCUGCGCCAGCGGCUGGACGCCCUGACCAAGGAGCUGAGCAGCGCGCGGCGCGAGCGCCAGGAGCUGGCCGCCGACAACGAGGUCCUGCGCCAAGAGGCCCUCCGCCUGCGCGAAGACCCCGUCUCCUCCUCCUCCCCUCUCCCGACUCCUCCUUCUCCUUCGCAAGCGCCCGCCGCCUCCUCCUCCUCCUCGCCCGCCGCCUCCUCCUCCUCCUCGCCGUCCCGCGCCCCGGCCCACGCCGCCUCGUCGUCGCAGCCCUCCUCCCCGGCCGCCCGCUCCUGCUCCUCGUCCGUCUCCGCCCAGAGCCUCGCCGACGGGAAGGAGGGCCCGCCGAGGUCCCCGGAGCCGGAGCCCGUGAGGGACGUGGACGCGGAGAACCUGUGCACGGCCAAGGACCUUGAACUAUUAGAGUCGUCGGAGUCCCGGGACCACCCUCGCUCCUCCUCCUCAUCCUCCACGUCGACGCCGGUGGCGUUGGCGGCGGCGGGGGGGCCGGCGGUACGCCAGGACCGCAGCAGGCAGCAGCUGUGGGAGGAGAUCUCCUGCGCCGAGGAGGACACCGGAAAGCUGACCGCCCUGCAGCUACGCCUGGACGAAUCCCAGAAGGUCCUGGUGAAGGAGAGAGAGGAUAAGCUGACUGUGAGUAAGAGCAUCCAGCGUCUGGAGGGAGAGCUGAGCCAGUGGAAGCUGAAGUACGAGGAGCUGAACAAGAGCAAGCAGGAGGCCCAGAAACAGCUGAACCUGCUGAAGGAGCUCCACCAGGACGAACUAGGCCGCAUCUCAGAGGACCUGGAGGAUGAGCUGGGGGCGCGCACCAGCAUGGACAAGAAGCUGGCUGAUCUAAGGGCUGAGAUGGAGCGCCUGCAGGUGGAGAACGCGGCCGAGUGGGGCCGGCGGGAGCGUCUGGAGACGGAGAAGCUGGCUCUGGAGCGGGACAACAAGAAGCUGAAGGCGCAGACGGAGGACCUGGAGGAGCAGCUGGCCAAGAAGAGGCGGCAGGCGGCCUCCGCCCUGGACACAGACCUCAAGGCCAUCCAGGUGGAGCUGUUUGAGAGGAACAAGGAGCUGGCAGACCUUCGACACGUGCACGCCAAGAUGAAGAAGCAGUACCAGGAGAAGAUGGCCGAGCUGGCCCAUGCCAACCGCAGGGUGGAAGGCCACGAGGGCGAGGUGAAGAAGCUGAGGAUGAGGGUGGAGGAGCUGAAGAAGGAGCUGGGCCAGGCUGAGGACGAGCUGGAUGAAUCUCACAACCAGACCAGGAAGCUGCAGAGGUCCCUGGACGAACAGGUGGAGCAGACGGAAAACCUGCAGGUGCAAGUGGAACAUUUGCAGACCAGGAUGCGGCGGCAGCAGCAGAACCCGGGACUGUUCGGGAAGAUCCGCUCAUCCCGCUUCUGUCAGGACAACCCGGACGGAGCCCACAGCGACCCGGACGAGGAAGAGGAGGAGCUGCAGAUCCCAUAAUACACACACACAAACAUAUACACAGAACACUCGUGCACACACACGUACACAAAUACACAGUGCAGACAUGCCCACACACUGACGUGCACAUCGACGCACUUGCACACAUACGCAAACACACAAGCAUGCUCACGCAGGCACGCACACACACACACACACACACAUAUACAUAGUACGCACAUUAACGCACAUACACACAUGUAUAUGCAUCUACGCACACGCACACCAACACACAAGUAAGCUCAUGCACAAACAGAUGCAAAUAGGUGCACACAUACAUAUACAUACACACACACAUUUAUACACCUAUGCACACACACACACACACACACAAACACACCUACAGGAAGGGUCCACAUCAGCAACACACACAAACACAUACGAGCACCAAUCCAACUGCACACACACACUCACACACACCUUUAUUUCAGCAAACAGAGGGUUAACCCUCCCUGGGUCCGGACACGUCUCCGUUGAGUGUUAAAGCAUUUAAAAGAUGGCUCAUGAAAGAAAAAUGUGAUGUUCAAGUGAGCAAAGAUACGCACGCAAAGGGUAUUCCAACUGGUGGCUUUCUAAUGGACACUUAGAUGGACACGGACAGGACAGCCACUGUAGAAGACGACAUUCCUGCCCAGAGCAGACACAGGGUCACUCAUGUACAUACUCCUUCGUACCUCAUCAGUAUCACCAUGCACACACCUGUCUGGUCACCUGUCUGCUGCUGUGUCUCAAAGACACAGUAGCACCCUGUCCCCCCCCCUCCCCUGACAUCUCCACCUCCUCCUCCACAUCACUCAUCGGCACAAACGACGACAGAGAAAUCUGCCUUUUUUCCCCACAGAGAUUCAUCGUCCAGGCCUCCAAAACCAAUGACGUUGUGUCCUCCUCCUCGUAUACCCAAUCCUUCAGGAGUGAAGAAACAGGAACUAUUUGGGUGGGUUUUCAUCACUCUAUUGCCCAACCCCAAACCCCAACCCCGCUCAAAUCAAUUAUCUAUGACUGUGAUGAAAAUAAUUAUUUCUCCAAACUAGAACAAUAAUAGUAAUGAAAAAAUCGGUUGGAUGUGAUUUAUUAUGCAUCAUCGCUAACAGGGAUGCAGCUGUUUGCUCCAUGCAGCAUUUAGCAGUGAAAAACAUUUGCACCAGGGCUAUCAUAAAACCAUCAAGAUAACGGAUCAUGCAAUGUCAGUUUCUCAUCUUGUCGCCUCAUUCGGUGAUAGGUUUCUGCUGUCUUAUAAUGAAAAUGCUUGGAUUUCAUUUGAUUAUCUUUUAUGAUAAACAACAGCAGCGAAAUGGCUUCGACGGAAUCAAAAAAGGACAAACGGCUCCAAGUUUGAUAUGUGAAAAGAUUUGAAUUACGGUAAAAUGGCUGACAUUUUCCUGUGUAUAUGUGGCAGGGGGGG